GUAUUCAUUCAUCCGUUGUUCAUACUGAUGAGCGAGCGAAGUUAGAACAGAUCGCCCGGUUACAAACAGUUAGUGGAGUUGAAAAUAUUGAUACAUUGUUGCACCCUUCGACAUAAUUUAAUUGAACAUGAAAGUAACAGUUCUCUCAUCUGAAAUAUCCGUGAGGCAUGCGGUCUUAUUUUAUCACUCCUAAGCAGCGAAGUACUGCUAUUUUUGUGGUCACUCUGUAGGCAACGUUUACUAGCCAUCUAUUAGCUAGGGAAGUUUGGUUGCGGUAGCUGUUAGGUUUGUUUGAAAGUAACAGGAGAUAGCAAGCUGUAAAACCUUCAGUCCUGACCGAAUAGACGCGAUGAUUCCUGAAUAUAGUCCCCGGACCAGCGAGACAACACGUACGCGUUGCCACUAUGGUCAGGCAGCCGAACCAAACCAGAACCGAUGUGGGCUACUCUCCGAAAUCAAAACUCCUAUCAAGAAUGAACUAUUCACUGACCACUACACCAUCAUUCCGGGCAAAGAACUUGGCAGGGGCAAGUUUGCGGUGGUCAGGAAGUGUGUGGAGAAGUGCACGGGCCGGGAGUACGCCGCCAAGUUCAUGAGGAAGAGGAGGAAGGGCCAGGACUGCAGGCUGGAGAUCAUCCACGAGGUGGCCGUUCUGGAGCUCGCCACGGCCAGCCAGCGGGUGGUCAACCUGCACCAGGUCUACGAGAUGGCCGCCGAGAUGGUGCUCGUCCUCCAGUUUGCAGCAGGAGGAGAGAUCUUUAACCAGUGUGUGGCGGAGCGGGACGAGGCCUUCAAAGAGGAGGACGUGAAGAGGUUGAUGAGACAGAUCCUAGAGGGAGUUUCUUUCCUCCACAGGAACAACAUGGUGCACCUGGACCUCAAGCCCCAGAACAUUCUGCUGACAAGCGACGCUCUUCUGGGGGACAUCAAGAUCGUGGACUUUGGUCUGUCCAGGAUGGUGAGCAGCAAUCAGGAGCUCAGGGAGAUCAUGGGGACCCCGGAGUAUGUGGCUCCAGAAAUCCUGAAUUACGAGCCGAUUAGCACAGCGACAGAUAUGUGGAGUAUUGGUGUACUGGCCUAUGUGAUGCUGACGGGAAUCUCUCCCUUCCUGGGAGAGGACAAGCAGGAGACAUUCCUCAACAUCUCCCAGAUCAACAUCAGCUACCAGGAGGAGGAGCUGGAGCAUGUAGACCAGGCCGCCAUCACCUUCAUCAAAGCCCUGCUCAUCAAAGAACCCCAGAACCGUGCCACAGCAGAAGAGUGCCUGCAGCACCAGUGGCUCCAACCAAAAGAGAAAAAGCAGGCGGAGGCGACAACAGCGGUGAAAGAGACUACCAGCCCAACCAAGUGCCCCUCGGAGCCAGUCAGCCCUGAGAGCCCCAUCAGGGAAGAGGAGAAGGAAGGUCCUGUAACAGAGGAGCUGAUCGUGGUGGCAGCCUACACACUGGGCCAGUGUCGCCAGUCAACAGACAAGGAGGUCAUAAACCCCGACCAGAAGGCUAUCUCCAAGCGCUUCAAGUUCGAGGAGCCCUUUAGCGCCCUCCAAGAAGUCCCCGGGGAGUUCAUAUACUGAAUGACACAAACACAGACACACACACACACACACACACACAGACAUCUCAACCUUUACACAAGGGGUCUUCGCUCCGGUCCUGGAGAGGUACUGGUUGUGUUGGGUCUCCCUCCUGCCGUUCACUAACACACCAGCUAAUUCAGCCGAUCACAGCCCUAAUUGGUUGGUUAGUAAAAUCAGGUACAUUAAUGAUGGCUUGGAGCGAAAGCCUGCACCACCCAGUAGCUCGCCAGGAACCAUAGUGGAGAACCCCUGCUCUUCCAUCUAAGUGAAAGCGGUACAAAAUGUCGCACUUACAAACCACAAUAAAUAUCUGACACUUUUUAACCCACCUCAUGGUCUGAACUCGUAAGCCAAACUUUUUUUUUUAAUAUUUUUUUUUUAAAUGUCCCGUUGUUUUUGUAUUUUAUGUUUGUGCUGCUUUACUAUACAUGGGAAUCGGUACUCCGGACUAAGGCCUAGAUUCAGUCAGAUCAAGCGUUAACCGAUAUCCGACACCUGCAGAGCUGAUGUUUUGGUGUCGGAAGUGGAACUGCGUUGGAGCUGUCAAAUCAGAGCUGCUCUGGUGAUCAUUGUCACGAAACCACAGCAUAAAGUUCAGAACGAGAAAGUGUAGGCUAUAUAGAAAUAAUGUCGCUCAAAUGGAAAAUCAUUGAGCAAAAUGAUGAGGAUUUCUAUCAGCCUAAUCGAGGUGUAGAUUACAUCUCACAUUCCAGUGUUCGAACUUGUAAACAAGGCUGCAUGGGAUUUCUCUCAAUGCGACUCUGUGCAGCCAAUGGCAAUGUCCGCUUUAGGUAUAAUGCCGGGAUCCAUUGUGGAUUUGACAGCUCUAAAGCCGAUCUGAUUGAAUCUGGCCCUAAGCCUUGUUGUGAUACUUCGUUUUGUUUUUGUUUUGUUCUUCUUUGGUGCCAUGCUUGGAGAAUUAGCAAUGACUUGGGCCAUAAAUGCAAUUGUAUCUUUUUUUCCUUUUUUUUUCUCCAGUUUUUUGUCAAUGUUUCGUCAGGCUAUCUCUUUUCUUAAGGUAUUUUGUUUAAGGUUAUAGAUAUCUUCUAAAAUGGGAACGGGGGAGGGAGGGUUAAUUCUGUGUAUAUGAAACCAAUGUUAUGUUGCUUUGAGAGUAUGUCUCGAAAUAAUACUGUUUAAAAAGCCAUUGCACACGUUUGACCCAGAACUGAAAACAUCCCAUGGGUUUCAAUCUCUUCAGCAAUAAUUGCAAAUAAUUGACUUGUAUAUGCAGACAGCGCUUGUUUUUCUUUCCUAACUCCCAAUAGUAAUUACUGUAAAUUGGUCCAAGUUUGUCUCUAUCAAACGAGAGGCUCCUUAUUAUGGGAACAAAUUUGUACAUGAAUGUCCUGAUACUGUAAAUAAAGAUAAGUCUCUAAACCUU